UUGCUAAACGCUGAACAGACAGAGAAGCGUCGAUAUCGCAACCUGCCUUCGAAUGCGAAUGUAUGUGGUGGUCCCCCAUCGGUGGUGCAGUCGUGCUCGUUCCCGGACGCACCAAUUUUGGAUUUCCGUGCGCAAGUAGGGACAUAACCGCAACUCCAAACAGUCGAAGACAUGGAGUACUGGCCUCUGCUCACCCUCCUCGCGCUGGGAAUGUUCGCAAUUGGAUGCAACGCCGGCAAUAAAUGGCAGAAGAACGAGUCAUCGGACAAGUCGAUCACAUGCUACCAAUGCAACUCGGAGUUCGAUCCGAGAUGCGGAGAUCCCUUCGAUCCGUACACGCUGGGCACCGUCAACUGCUCGAUGAAGAAACCGCUGGAACACAUGAAGGAUCACAAGCCCAUCCUCUGCAGGAAGAUCACCCAGACAGUUCAGGGUAAGGUGCGAGUGAUCAGAGGAUGUGGAUACAUAGAAGAAGAAAACGAGAAAGAAUGCUACCGUAGGACAGGAACCCAUGAUGUCCAAAUAAUAUAUUGUUCCUGCACGAAGAGCCUCUGCAAUUCUGCCUACACAUUUAAUCGUCCAUCAAUCGCGGCCGCUCUUCUGAUCGUCCUAUUCAUGGUUCGCCUAGCGUAAUCGCUAGAAAUAUCAAAAAAAUAAUAAAAGUCUUACUAAACAAGAAGGACCCGAAGCCAUCCAACAACAUUAAAAAACGGAAAAAAUAAUUUUAAAAAAAUCGGGUUUGGAAAUAUUGAAAGAUCAAGCAAAUAAUUAGUGAAUUAAAAAGAUGAAAUCUACACUAGGUACAUUACAAUUUUUUUAAAUGAGGAUCUCGAAAGCCCCGCGCGUUUCGAAGUUAUACGCUACACGUAGAUAUGAAAAGAAAAUUAAAAAUAAACGAUAAAGUUUUGAUUUAGCAAUGCUAAGUAGUGCUAAAAACUAAAAUAUGAAAAGAAAAUUGAUUGAACGAAACGCUUCAUGUAAUCAUACUUUAAAGAGUCGACAACUUAAAAUCGCAGCCGAAAGUUAAUUUAAAGCGGGGUUUCUAAUAAAAGGUUAAUUAAUGCAAGAGUACACAGGGAGGUUAAUUUAAGGUCGUUAAACCAAUUUAUCCUGCCAUUCGAAUUUGUUUUGACUUCCUUUUAGGAAAAAAAAAAUCAUUUAUAUAUAAAUAUAUAAAAAAAUAAUUAAUUUUAUUGAAUUGUUAAACACUGCCAGCAAUGGUUAAUGUGCAACAUCCACUUAUGAGAAAAUUCAGAAAAUCGUGCAUUUAAUUGUUGUUUCAUUUAAGUUAGUUGUUGCUAAGGUAUUAAGGGUAUCACUAACAUUUAGGAUUCGAUGCUAAUUUGCAAAACAAACCAAACCAAUAUACGAAACAUAAAAAGAACAACAACAAACAAACAAAAUGGAGUGCGCGAAGGGCGUUCAAACUUCUUGCAUCCGGAUCGAACGAUGCAUGAUUGUUUUGGCGCGUUGCCUUUUGAAUUAUAUAACUAUGUUGGAAUAUUAUUAUUACGUGUAUACAAUCGCAACACCAAAAUACAAUUGUCGAAUAAUCACCGAAAGAAGCGCUAUAACUCACGACUCAUCACACACACACACACUCACACCAUGUAAAGUAAAUGCGAUUGAUGUGAUAUUCCAGCAUGUUAUAAAAGCCUUUCAAAAUUAUAUUUAAUACGCAAAGAAAAAAUAUAUAUAUAUAUUGUUAUAUAAGGUAUAUGAAAUCGACGAGAGAAUAAAGUUAUUAAAUA